UCUCUCUCUACAAAAUUUUCAUUUCGCAGAAUCCGCAUCGAUGCCAAAGUCCAAACACGCGCUAACAAAUAUGGACAGCAGCAGCCUCUGACCGGCUGUUUCGUUGCUUCAAGAUCGAAACGGCGUCGAAUCGCCAUUCUGCAAUUCUCAUCCCACCAAACCCAUCAGAAAUCCGCAUCUCCACGGACUAAACCACAGAUUCAGCAAUGGGAUUCUUCACUCUUGUCUUAGCAGGAGUUGGUUUCAUACUCAUUGGCAUGUGGGAAUCCCUCCUUUCAUCCUCUCAAACCCCGAAACUCGACCAAUCUUCAAUCACUCCGGGAACGAGACCCGGAAGAAAAUACCCAUAUUCUUCGCCUCUAACCUUCUUCUCAAUUGCCCUUUUAUCGUUUUUCUUCAUUUGUAACUCUCUGUAUUCGUUAAUCGAUGCGGUCAAUUCGAAGGACAGGGUCGGGUCGCCGCUGCAAUUGCAGGUGCUGGCAACUGCCUUCCUUUUUCUCCUGUACGCUGUUCUCGGGCUUUUGAUGAAGUUCACGGAUUCAAUCCCGUUGCCCUCGUCAUUCCUCAGUUUAAUCUGUCUUUUCGCCUUUGCGGAAGAGUUUUUGUUGUUUUACCUUCAAAGAAAGGACCCAGUUGGAAUCGAAAACCGUUACUUUGAUAUGAUGCUUGUUCCGAUCACAAUUUGUCUUUUCUCGACGGUUCUUGAAUUGAAAUCGCCAAAAUCGAAUUUGCCUCGAUUGGCUCGAGGGAUUGGGUUGAUUUUGCACGGGACGUGGUUUCUGCAAAUGGGUCUUUCCUUUUUUUCGAGUUGGAUGGUUCAUGGAUGCAGUUUGUAUGAAAAGAGCAGAGGGAAUUAUACAGUGAGGUGUAAGGGACACCCUGAGUAUCACAGAGGUAGAGCCAUUGCGACGCUUCAAUUUAAUUGUCAUCUUGCUUUUCUAGUGGUUUUGGUUGUUGCUGCGUUCUCAAUUAUUAGUCGGCGGAACGGGGGCCAAGGAGGUUCUGAGCACUAUAGGCCAAUCGGUGCAGAAACGCAUUCAUUGGAUCUUACAGGACAAUUCUCUCUUGAUUCUGAUGAUGAUGAGAUUAAAGGAGAGGAGAGUAUGGAAAAGCAGAAGCCUGCUGCAAUUGAAAUGGGGGCAAAUGGUCAUGGGUCGCAUGAAUGAGGAUCUCACUAAGAGCACAUACGUGUUUGAUGGAAAGUCAUGCAUUCCGUCGGAUUGAGGAUAGUUAUUCAUUUUUCUUGGACCAUCGGGUGGGUGGGUUGGAGCUUAUGACUUUGCUAUGUUAAUCACAUUGCAACAAGCUACUGAGAAGGAAACUUUUAAUUGUUCUCUCGACAAUAGGUUGGAUAAAAUGAGGUUUUGAAGACACUGCAGAUUCUAUUCCAUUGUGUCAUAUAGGAAUGACACCCUUAAGAUGUAGAAGCUCAAACAGUUCUUUUUUUUACUUCCAUGGUUUCUCAAAAUGGUAUUCAGUGAAAGGUUGUGUCUACUAAAAACCAUUGAGGUUGGUGCUGCUUGUUUGGUGUUUCCUUCUAUGCAUCCAUGUAUGUCCACCCUUCUGUGGUGCUUAUUUAGAUAUUAAUUUUUGACUGUAAAAAAUUAACUAUUGAGGUUGGUACAUGUUAGAUAUGCUGUAUGGAGGAGAGAUUGUUAGAGUUUUCUACUUCUUUUAGGUCUGUAAUUUAGAUAGAGAAGAUGGUUUUACUAUUAUUGCUUUCAAUUUUCAAUUAGUAUAUUUAGAAAAGAGUGGUAGAUCAACCUUACACCUUCCUUCAUUUGAAAAGCUUCUCAACUUGAAGUCAUGAUUCAUGCAUGGAAGACAUUAUUGAUCUGGUUCAUUGUAAUAGUGACAAUGCCCUCAGGCAGAUCUUGUUGACUUGUUUUUAUAAUGUUGAACUGCUGGGUUAAUAGAGAUGUGGAGUAAAAGAAUGUAUAUAUA